GAGAUAGAAAUAGAGAGAGAGAGAGAGGGUUGGUGAUCUCUGAAACCAAUGCAUUGCUCCUUUUUAAUGGCUAGUUGAGUCUGGGUUGCAGAUUCUCCGUUUGCUCUGUCUUUUCAAUCACUCUUUGGAGCUUGAUGAUUUUAAUGGCUAACUUGAUGUUGUUUUCAGAAGAUAUGGCUUUCACUGAUCUUUAUUACUGUCGCUGUUAGUGCUGAGUUAUAAGAGUUUUAGUGGUUUAGGUCAUUGUUCUUCUUCUUCUUCUUGGAGAAGAAAUAAAGAUGGAUUUGGGUGAGAAGAAGUUUGGGUUGGAAAAGAGGAGCACAGAUUCUUUGAACUGCAGCACAGCAGGCUUACCGACAACUGAGUGGAAUCAGAUUGGUUCCUUACCUUGCCCAUCAGCUUCAAUGGCGGAAUCUUUUGGCCAUGUAAUCUGGAAUCAGCUGCCUGCCAAUACCCAAAGCUUAAACUUUUCCAAUGCGCAGACAACUGCAAGCUCUUCCGCCAUUGGAAAACCAGUUCCCAUGAACUGGAAUCCUUCAGAUUCAUUAACAAAGGGAGGAAUGUUUUUGAACACAGGGCCGGGAAUGCUUCCCCUUAGCCUCUCUCAGUUCCCUUGUGAUGCUGGAUUUACUGAGAGAGCUGCAAGAUUCUCUUGCUUCGGUGAUGCGACUUAUCCUUUCAUUGUCCCCGGAACUUCGGAUGCCAUUGCUGAAGCCCAAAUGCAAAAAAAUGAAGCAGGAAGAAUGAUUGAAGCACUGAAGGGUAGAUCUGUUCUGAUUGAUCAGAACUCUAAUAGCGGGAGUUCACUGAAGGAGCAAAGAGAGAAGAAGGGAGCUAAUGAGCUCUCAGAACCAGAGUUCAGUGAAGAUGCUCGAGAGGACUCACCCAAUUCAUGUAAAGGGGUGUUUGGCUUAAAUAAAAGGAAGAGGAGCAAUCAGGACAUGGAGUCAGAUCAAGGACAAGCUGCUGCCCAAUUCCCUUUUGAGGCUGCUAAAGAUGCCACUGAUAACAUGCAGAAGGCAGAAAAAACCAUCUCAACAAUGGCAGCUGUGAAGUUUUCGGGAAAAAAUACAAAAGAGAGCGGAGAACCUCCCAAGGAAGAUUAUAUCCAUGUGAGAGCUCGUCGAGGCCAAGCUACCAAUAGCCAUAGUCUUGCAGAAAGAGUAAGAAGGGAGAAGAUUAGUGAAAGGAUGAAGUUUCUUCAGGACCUUGUUCCCGGCUGCAACAAAGUUACAGGUAAAGCUGUUAUGCUAGAUGAGAUAAUCAACUACGUCCAAUCACUGCAGCGUCAAGUGGAGUUUUUAUCAAUGAAGCUUGCUGCUGUUAACCCAAGCCUAGACUUCAACGUUGAAGGCCUUCUUUCUAAAGACUUAUUUCAGAACAGGACUGGUUCUUCAUCAUCCAUUGGAUUCACACCAGAAAUGAUCCAUCAACAGUUGCAUCCUGCUCAUCAAGCUUUGAUUCAAGUAGGGAUGCCUGGUAUUAUGAACCCUUCAGAUUCAUUUAGAAGAGCACUGAAUGCUCAAUUGAAUUCAACCAGUGGCUACAAAGAGGCUACACAACAGAUGGCUAAUGCCUGGGAUGAGGAACUCCACCAUGUUGUUCAAAUGAGUUAUGGCAACAAUCCUCCUUUAAAGACCCAAGAUUUGAAUGGCGUGCCUCGUGACGGUUUUCCCUUGUGAAAAAAAUGAAGAAGACCUUUCAUUCACUGCCUUAUCAGAUUUUUUGCUGCCAUGAAAAGCCAGAAGCUUAUAUACAUAGUGUAGCUGUUACCUGCUAUGAAUGUCUACUCACUCUUAUCU